UGGUCUGGAGCGCGAGCGCGACCGCGACUGUCCCCGCGAGCGCUGGGGUGCAGUACAGUACUGGGUAGCUUUCUCAACCAGCACCGGUUUCAAAUAAUGAAAAAGGACAAGGGCCCGAAGCAAAAGUUUGGGCACCCUGCAUGGCUCUUGCAUAAAAUGAUUGAAUCAACUCAGUUUCGCCAGCGGCGGCCUUUGGAUUUUGAAUCGCAUUAUGAACAUCUGUGUGCUCUCCAAGACCUUGUUCCUUUAAAAGCAGUAAAAGCAAACUUAAAUCAAGGAGUUCUGGAUAUUAAUGGUGAUAGGAUCAAGUUGUCUGAAUGGGCACCAAUUUUCAGUUCCAUUGGUAUUAACAAGCAUUUAGUUUUUCUUGCAAUCAGGAGUUACUACCAGCCUGGUCUUGGAGAAACAGGGAAUGAAAGGCAAAAACAACACUUCAGAAAACGUGUGCCAGCUAUACGUUCAAAAAGUUGUACACUUCAACUCUGUGCGUCAAUUAGAGACUGUCUGAUUGUUUCCAGCGCUUUAAAAUCCUUAGAGCUGCAAGGAUUACCUUUGAGGCAAGGCGAUCUCAUAGCAUUAACAAAGGGCUUAUCCAAGACAAAAACUCUGCAGCACAUUUCAUUAGCUUAUUGUCCAGUAGGAGACGAAGGGCUAGAAAUAAUUUGCAAGAUUUUGAAGAAUUCUGUUACAAUCAAAACAGUUAACUUCACAGGCUGCAAUCUUACAUGGUGUGGUGCAGAACACAUUACCCAAGUUAUUAAGCAUCAAGCAACAAAAAGGCACAGUGAAGUUUGGGCAGAAAGUCUCCGUUACAGGCAUCCUGACCUAGAUUGUAUGACUGGUUUGCGUCGUAUUACCAUGAAUUGUAACACGUUAAUUGGUGAUACAGGAGCUACUGCUUUUGCAGAAGCCCUCAAAGAUGACCUGUGGCUGAAAGCACUUGAUUUACAGCAGUGUGGCAUUUCCAAUGAAGGAGCCAAAGCUUUGCUCAAUAGCUUACAGUCUAGUACGACGUUAAUUGUUUUGGAUGUUCGAAAAAACCCAUUAAUCGAUCGGUCCUUAAUAAAAUCCAUUAUUGAAAGAAUAAUGCUGAAUGGAAAUGGAACGAACUCAGAGUACAAAUGGCUGAAUCUAGCAUCCUCCAGAGAACAUGCUAAACAAAAGCAAAGAAGGAAAACUAUAAUGCUGGGACAUGGUUUGAAAGGAAAAGCAACUAUUCGUAUAGGUACAAGGAAGCAUACAGAGAAUAAGAAUGCUGCUGUUUCUUCAGAUUUUAUCCCAGAACCAAUGCGACCAGGCACAGAGGGUUAUGUGCCUUGGCGUACUGCAGCACGUGCAAAUCGAUUCAGGAGUAUUCAUCAGGACUCGUCACUCCAAAAUAGAGUGAUUCAGGCUAGCAAUCCAGUGAAGGUAACAUUGGAAAGUGCAUCAUCUUCAGAUACUGAAGAAACUAUCUAUACUCCUCAGCAAUUGUUGCAAAUGAGUGCUGUGGGAGAGUCACCUGAUGCAAUCUCAGUGCAGCAAUAUAAUUGCUUAAAGAUGGAACUGGAAGAAUGUCAUUUAAGGCUGGAAGAAGAAAUGAGAGCACGAACAAAGGCUGAUGCUCGAUUAAUGGAGCUUGAGAUUGAGAAUACUCGGCUUCGGAACAUCAAUGUAUCUCUCUCUGAUGCUCUGCAUGCACAAUCAACAACGGGUACCAUUCUUGAGGAUGAAGGUGUGCUUGAAAGCAUUGAAGCUUCUUUCCGGAAAUUUCAUGCCUUUUUAGAUCUCUUGAAAGAUGCCGGACUUGGGCAGUUGGCUGCUGUUGCUGGAAUAGACCAAUCAGACUUUGGUUCUAUAGGACAACCUCAGUUGUCAGCUGCAGUUGGAAAUAAUAAAACAAAAGAUAAUAUAUACUCUGAGGCACCCCAAGCCACACAGCUUCAUGCUGCAGAUCAAGCCCUUUUGAAGCAUUCUGAAUCUGAUGUGAUCCCCAACACUUCGACAAGUCUGUCCAUUCAGCUAGCAAAUCAAUCAGCUGACUUCUGCCACAAAAAUUUGCAAUCUAUUCACUCAAACUCUGAGAGGGAAUGUGGUGAUAAAUUUCAAAAUUUACAAGUAAUUGGACUUAAUGAUAAGACAAAUAAGCAACUUUCCACAAGGAUAAAUGAUCAACUACAAAUGCAAGUGACAGGAAAACUGCUGGAUUAUUCUGAAGAUGAUGGGUCCAAUGGUUCAGGCUCAUGUGACACACAUAGCGAGAGAAAUCCUAACAACAGAAAAUCAAAAGAUGUUAUGAAGAAAAAUAAAGCACAUAGCCUUUCUGUAUAUGGAACUGAUGGCUCUUUGAUGCCAAUGAGAGGGAAUAAAAAUGAACAAGUAACUAACAAUGAAGAGUUUUUUUAAAAAAGUGAAUUAAAAAUAAAUGUCCCUGUAAAUUUUCAUUCCAUUGAAUCACAUCAAAAGGCAGAUGGAGAUUUUUAGAGGUUAUUCUUAUACUCUGCAACUUUUUGAAAGUGGAUGAUCUAUUUAAAACUUAACAUUUAUUUCAUUGGACAGAUAAUUUUUUGACUUUUACAUUGUGGCUGGUAAAAUGAUAAUCAACCCUUCAAUUUGCAGCCAUUUCAAGCUGUGUGAAGAACGAUGAGUAUCUGACGUAAGGGCUGAAAUUUCUGGGAAAUCUUCGCCCAUGUGUCUGGCCUGAAUGUUAACUUGGGAAUAGUGUUAUAUGAAAAUAUCAGCAAAGUAACUGAAAGUGGGUUGUUGGCUUCAAGAAUUAAAGCUAUCUGAAACAAUUGAAAAAGCGUGUGCAAGCAAGGAGGCCUACAAACCUGACUCAGUUACACUAGUUCUGUCUGGAGGAAUGGAACAAAAUUCCAGCAACUUACUGUGAGAAUCUUGUGGAAGGCUACCCAAAAUAUUUGACCCAAGUUAAACAAUUUAAAGGCAAUGCUACCAAAUACUAACAAAGUGUAUGUAAACUUCUGACCCACCGGGAA